AUGUAUUCGCUUUGCCAAGCAUCGCAGCCUCGUACCGCACUGCGUCCUCGGCGAAUGAAUAGCCGUGCGCCGAUCCGUGCGGCACAUGGAGCAUUGUUAGCCCGGCAUUCCAGACAUUCUCAAAAGGUCGCAAAUCCUGAGUCUCGUUUUGGCUUUCGACCUCCACCAUCAUCGCGCCUCGUCUCCUCCUCAUCUCGGCAUACUCUCCACUAUUCCGGUCUGCUGAACCGCCAGUAUCGCCUCGUCCGUCAACACUGCUCGCUAGCUCGUCUGCGUUCGGCCUUCAGCAUCGCAUCGUUCGACGAGUUUGAGCUGCAGCCUCUCGGUAGCAGCUCGUCUCCGCCUGGUUCGCCCGCCAUGGCCAACGACUACUCGCACAUCCACACGCCCAUCCACCCGCGCGCACCCACGGCCAACCUCGUCUCAUGUAAGGUGCUCGUUAGCCUCAUCGGACAGGUCGCCAUCUGUGGUGGCUUUCAGCUGUGGGCCUUCUGCUACACGCGUCGCCAGGACUGGUACGAGCCUCCGGAGAUCAACCCGGACGAACUCAACACCACCAACCCGGAGAACUCGGCGGUGUUCCUCAUCUCGUCGUUCCAGUACAUCGUCGGAUCGCUCGUCUACAGCACAGGGUAUCCGUACCGCAAAGCGGUGUACACCAAUGUGUGGCUCAUGGCCACGGUUGUGCUGCUGCUCUUCUUCUCCAUCUGGGCGCUCUUUACGCCUUCGGGCUUCCUGUUUGACCUGCUCGGCCUCGUCCCCUUCCCGCGCUCCUUCCACAUUGCACUCUUUAUCGCCGUCGUGCUCAACACGCUCCUCUGCUUCCUCUUCGAGACGGUGUUUGCAAAGUACGUCGUCCGAUGCGUCAAGGCCAUCCAGCGUGUCGCGCGCCGCUCUCGCCGCUCAAAGACCCGCAAGCACAACUCCAAGAUGUACAAGGCGGUGGAACGCAGCAUGCAGCUCGACGGAGACGUAUAA